ACCUGCCUCCCUCCCAGGCUGGGUGUGGCUCCCCUCUCCCCUCCUGAGGCAGUCAGCGGAGCUCUACACAAAGCUCAGCCCUGGACAGUCUGAGGAGAGGAGAGUCUUCAGCUCACAGACACGAUCAGUUCCUCCUGGAACGAUGCGGAGGCUAACGGAGCUGGCCGCUGCUUUGGGCACCCUCUUGGGCCUGCUGGCAGUGGCAGCAACGGCAGACUUUAACCUUCCCCAGCUAGACACCCCCGGCAAGCUGCCUGCCCACCGGCGCCAGAAGAGAGCCUGGAUUUGGAAUCAAAUGCAUAUAGAUGAAGAGAAAAACAGCUCACUGCCCCACUAUGUGGGAAAGAUCAAGUCCAGCGUGAACCGUAACAAUGCCAAGUAUGUGCUCCGAGGAGAGUCCGCUGGCACAAUCUUCCGGGUCAGAGCUGACUCAGGAGAUGUGUAUGCCUUUGAGAGAUUAGACCGGGAAAAGAAAACUGAGUACUUCCUUACUGCCCUCAUUGUGGACAAGGAGACCAACGUAGACCUGGAACAGCCUUCCAACUUCACCAUCAAGGUUCAUGAUGUAAAUGACAACUGGCCUGUGUUUACACGCCAGGUGUUCAACGCAUCUGUGCCAGAGAUGUCAGCGAUGGGGACAUCUAUCAUCCGUGUGACGGCAGUGGAUGCAGAUGACCCCACUGUGGCUGGCCACGCCACUGUCAUGUACCAAAUCCUAAAAGGAAGCGAGCACUUCACCAUUGAUAAUUCUGGACUCAUUUUGACAAAGGACAAAAACUUGGACAGAGAGACAAAGGCUGAGUAUAAGAUUGUGGUGGAAGCGCGAGAUGCCCAGGGUCUUCGGGGAGAGUCGGGCACAGCCACUGUUCUGAUCACGCUGGAAGACAUCAAUGACAACUUCCCCAUCUUUACUCAGUCCACAUACACAUUUACGGUGCCUGAAGACAUCCGUGUGGGCAACCCCUUGGGCUUUCUGUCUGUCAUGGACCCAGAUGAGCCUCAGAACCGGAUGACCAAGUACAGCAUCAUGCAGGGCGAGUACAGGGACACCUUCACCAUUGAGACAGACCCCAACCGUAAUGAGGGUAUCAUCAAGCCUACAAAGCCCCUGGACUACGAGCUCAUCCAGCAGUACACAUUCUACAUCGAGGCCACGGACCCCACUGUCAGACUAGGAUACCUGAGCAGCCCUGCUGGCAAAAACAAAGCCAAGAUCACCAUCAAUGUCAUGGACGUGGACGAGCCCCCUGUCUUCCAGCGACGCUUCUAUCACUUCCAGCUGCCGGAAAACCAGAAGAAACCCCGGAUAGGCACUGUGGUGGCCAAAGACCCUGACAAGGCUCAGCGCAACAUUGGAUACUCCAUCCGCAAGACCAGUGACAGAGGGCAGUUCUUCCGAAUAACCAAACAUGGGGACAUCUACAAUGAGAAAGAACUGGACAGAGAAACCCACCCCUGGUACAACCUGACUGUGGAGGCCAAUGAACUGGAUUCUAGAGGUAACCCCGUAGGUAAAGAAUCCAUUGUGCAGGUUCACAUUGAAGUCUUGGAUGAGAACGACAACCCCCCGGAAUUUGCCCAGCCCUAUGAACCUAAAGUGUGUGAGAAUGCAGCCCAGGGCCAGCUGGUAAUACAGAUCUCCGCAACAGACAAGGAUGUAACGCCACCAAACACAAAGUUUAAGUUUGCCCUGAAGACCGAGGACAGCAACUUCACCCUCAUCAACAACCACGACAAUACCGCCAACAUCACAGUCAAGUAUGGGCAGUUUGAUCGGGAGCAUGCCAAGUUCCACUACCUACCGGUGCUCAUCUCUGACAAUGGGGUGCCCAGCCUGACUGGAACCAGCACGCUAACAGUGGCUGUGUGCAAAUGCAAUGAACAAGGCGAGUUCACCUUCUGUGAGGAGAUGGCCGCCCAGGCAGGCGUCAGCAUCCAAGCGCUGGUAGCCAUCUUUCUCUGCAUCCUCACCAUCACAGUGAUCACCCUGCUCAUCAUCCUGAGGCGGCGGCUCCGGAAGCAGGCUCACGCACAUAGCAAGAGCGCACUUGAGAUUCACGAGCAAUUGGUCACCUACGACGAGGAGGGAGGCGGCGAGAUGGACACCACCAGUUACGACGUGUCGGUGCUCAACUCUGUACGCGGCGGCGGCACCACCAAGCCCCUGCGGUCCACCAUGGACGCCCACCCGGCCGUGUAUUCCGCAGUGCAGAAGCCGCCGCGGCUGGGGCCCGGGUCGCUUGGCGGGCCCAGGGAGAUGGCCACCAUGAUCGAGGUGAAGAAAGACGAGGCAGACAAUGACGGCGGUGGCCCCCCCUACGACACGCUGCACAUCUACGGCUACGAGGGCUCAGAGUCCAUCGCAGAGUCGCUCAGCUCCUUGACCACCAAUUCCUCCGACUCUGACGUCGACUAUGACUUCCUCAAUGACUGGGGACCCAGGUUCAAGAUGCUGGCGGAGCUGUACGGCUCAGAUCCCCGGGAUGAACUGAUGAUCAUCUAAGGUGGCCAAGCUCUGGGCCAGGAGACCCAAAUUCAUUGCAGCCUCAAUGAGACACAUCUGAAACCACCUUCCCUGAUUUCCAAGGAGUGGCACAAACUUUCUAGCCCAGCACCCCUUGCCUCUGGGUACCCAAGACCUUUCCAUCGCCAAGGUAGCAAAUUCCAGGUCCUUUUAAUAUCCAGGGACAGAGACAUAGUUUGUUGAUGGCCACUCCAAAUGAGGCUAGUGUUUUGUCUGGGCUCCCACACUGUCCGGUCCUCCCGUACACCCCACCAUACACGCUCUCAAUCUGUUCUAGACUUCUGUCCCUUCAAAACUGCCAAGCAAAGCUACCUAUGCUGAACUUUGAGGAGUCUUCCCCAAGGGUCCCUGAGCCCCUGGUAGGGCUGUCUGUCUGAAGGCAGAAGACUGGAUGGCAUGAGCUAUGGGAUAGGACUCUGAAGCCCAGUCCCAAGGGAGGCCGUAACUGAUCCAUUAUGCCUGCUGUCUCAGGAGUCCCAGCACUGUUGUGCCUCCCUCUCAUCUACCCAGUGCCCAACUGCCCCCCCCCGCCCCUCCCCAGGCCUGUCCAGGGAGGAAGGAGACUGUCGGCAGCUCCUGACCUUAGGUCCUAAGGUGAUCUGGCAGGCCUGCAACUCCAUUAACUGCUUUACUGAGCAAUGAUCCGUUCUGUCGACUUCAGGGAAACGGCUUGUUUAAUUUGAAGCAACUGUGAAUUCACCCAGGAAGGACCAUGGAGACCAAGGGUGACAGGUCAUAGAGCAAGGAUAGCCUCCAACCCACUCACCAGGAAGAUCCUGGGAAAGCUAAGAAGCCCACCUGACACUCAACCCUGCCCUGGUUGCCUGUGGGAGGCACCCGCUUGCCCGGUCACUCACACCCCCUUUUCUCUUACUAUCUGCUUAUAUCUAGGAGCAUCCAAGAUGCAGCCUCAGCAAGCCUGGCUGAUGUCCCAAAUCAAACCUAACUGCAUCACAGAGCCACCAUGCCAUUUGUCUUUUCCUCUAGUCGCCACAUCUCAGGGAAUGACCCCCGGGCACACCCUGCAGAAUGUAAGCCCCCCACCCCCACCCUUCCCAGGAGCAGUGGCAUCUCUGCAUCUCUCCCUUGGAGGGAUCUGAGUAGCUUUCCACUGAAGUCACAGCUGGAGGUCCAGGCAAGGCAGAACUGCACCUUCAGCUCACCCUCCAUUGUGGACCCCUCCCCCAACAAGGCCUCUCUGCAGGGGAUUGUAGAUAGCACUGGAGUUUGUUUAACCAAUAAUUAGGUUUUCUUAUUUUUUUUUUUACUAAUAAUACUUACAACUUUCUAGUUCUCACAAACGUAGAAUAAGGGUUGUUUUUUUUUUUUCUUCAUAAUAAGCAGGUUGCUAUUUAGGUUAGCAAUUUUAAUUCAUGUUUUUUUAGUUGAAUAAACAAUUCCUGUAAGUUUUUAUCUCCUGUUGUAGCGAUUGCUGUAAGGAUAAUGACUAUAUAUUAGUCACCCUGGUGCAUGAGAUGUACUGUACCUUUUUAUAUCUAAAUAAAGACAUCUUGAAAUUCU